AUGACGAACGACCAAAAGUCCCUCGCCGAAAAGGAAGAGGUAUUUCUGGGUCCCACCACUGCCGAGACCGAUGAGUUCUACGCCUACCAACGCGACAAUCCGGGGAAGGAGAAGGCUGAGUACCUUCAAUGGUUCGAGGGCAAAUUCGGCAAGGAGAUCGAGUUGAGACGGAGAAGGUCCGAUCAACCAUCCGAUCUGGAAUAUAUGGUCAUUAAGAAGAGAUCAAAGUAUCGGGAGCGGAUCGGGAUUGAAAGUGAGAAGCUUGUAACCUACUACGAGAAUAAUCCCAAAAAAACAUACCGUGAGCUCGCUUCCUGGUUUCAAAAACAGUUCGGGAAGGAAAUAGACAUCACAGCCAUCUCUCGUGAGUGCGCGAGUAUUAAUUAAUCAUUGUUACCAUGCACCAAUUUGGCUGUGUGUUUGUUGUUUCCCGCUGCAUAAUAUACUAACCUUCGUCAUUUGCUCCUAGUAGGUGCAUUAAAACGCUCGCGAGCCUCCGAGGCUAGUGCGGAUAGUCCCCCCGAUCUUAAUAGCGGCGGCCCGAGCUCGGCUAAGAGGGGAAGGCGGUCGUAUGGUUCCGCGGGCCCAAUGUCCUCGUCGGCAUCCGGACCUCCCGCCUCGUCAAUGCCCACCUUCUCCGUCGAUAUCUCCAACAAUCGGCCCCAACCCGAUAGCGAUAUGAACACGCCUGGAAACCAAUCUCGCCAAAUGACGCCUCAGGUUCAUGGCAACGAGGCAUCGGCCUAUCCUAGCAGCGGUGGGAUGAGGGACGAUGGUAGCCCGAGAGUGAUUCAUGGGGACCCCCCCAAACCUGGAAUCCCCAUGCCUAGUUACUCUAGAGUGCACCAGCCCCUGGCGCCAGCUGGAUCUCCGGGGACCUCAACCCACCGUGAUCAGCCUGGUGUGCCCUUGCCACAGACACCAAUGUGGGCAGCGGUUAAUACCAAUGCUCCCGUUUUUCCAAAGGGAGGAGCGGGGAAGAUUGCUCCUAAACUUGAGCGACCCCCCGCUGGGCCUCUUCAACCUGGCAGGGAGCCUCCUCCCCAUCCUCAACAGGUGCCACCACCCCCACCACCCCCCCCCCCACCACCACCACCACCACCACCACCACCACCACCACAACAACAACAACAACAGCAACAACAACAACAACAGCAGCAGCAGCAACAACCACAACCACCACUUGGGCCGAAUCCUUCACCGGCCGCGCGAGUACUUCGUAGCAACAGUAUCUCUAAGAGUGGUGGGACUUCGGCGGCAACCCCGGUUCCUUUGCCACCAAUGGGGCCCGGAGCACCGCCCCCGCCCGCUCGGAUGAUGCCUGGACCCCCUCCCCCUCCCGAUCCGCAGUCACCGGGUGUCCGCGCUCGGCAUUCUGAACAGAAUCAGGAUGACGAUGCGGAUCUUGACGAGCUUAGAAACCGUCUUGCCGAGGCGGGCCGGAAGAAGGCUCAAGUCACCGCGGAGGUUAAUGGUUUGGAGGAGCAGGUCAGGUUUUAUGAAAGGCAGGAACUGUUGAGGCAGCAUGAAAUGGAUGUUCGAAGAUUCAAGGGAAUUGAGCAGGGUUUCGUUGCGGAGAGGGAGAGACUGGUGACCGAGAUCAUGUCGCUCAAGGCGUGGAACACCGACCUUCAACGUGGAAAUCUGGAGUUGCAGGAUAUCAAGGUCAAGUUGGAAAUGGAUGUUGCCCGACUUGUGGAGGAGCGGAACCGUGCCAUCCACGCACUUCGACACCACGAGGCCAAGCUCUACACGAUCACUCAGGCCUUUGAUAUCCUUGGUGGGCCUGAGGCUCGCCAGAGGGCUGCCGCUGCAAAGUACGGACCAGCGAUAACGUCGCCCACUGAGUACGAUCAUCGCUCCCAUAAAGACAAGGAGGAACUUGACUCGUGGGUCAACAAAAAGUUUGCGAUUGAUGCUUCUAACGAGGGUCAGCUCAAGAGCCUUCUGACUGAUCUUGCGAACGCUGGUGUCUCUGAUCUUGGUAGUAGGAUCAAGAACCUGGAGGUAUUCGUGAACAAUGUUAGUGCGGAAAGGGAGAAACUCCAAGCGGAAUGGACUUCAAGGCUUUCUUCCUCCAGGAGGGAAACACAAACUCCGGAUGCGGAAAAGUCGCAUGGUACGUGAGCGCGUUUCUCCUUCCUGAACCGGGUGACGGUUUUCUAAUUUAUGUUCUAAUAGGUUCUUAUGCAGCCUCUGAUAGACAGACUCCUCCAGCCACCACCACCACUGCCGUAACAACCCCCCAAGAGCACUCUCCUCUGCAGCAGCAGGCCAAGUCCAAUUCUAAAGUUAAACCAGAUCCGAGCCGCCCCGCAACCCCGGAAGGAAAGAUCCUCCAUGGAAACCGGAGCAGAGAUGUCGAAAUGAAGGGCUGAGCGGAUCAUUCUUGUGAAGGGUUGUGAGUAGAUUUCCUUGCGUUAAAAAACUUGUAAUACUAGCUAUCCGCUAUUCUUUUCCUUUGAUCAUUCGAUUCUUGUACAGAUGAGCUAUUAUCAUAACAGCGUUUCUCGAUACCUCUAUUUUUAUAUUUUUUACCUCCUUGCCUCUUCUUUCCUUCCCCUUCCCCCCGCGGCAACUUUCCUGUUAUUAUUUACUUUCUUGUCUAAAGCUUGAGAAACGAGGUCAUGAAAAGGUUUGGGGAGGCGCAUCUGGAUUCGAGUUUUUUCUUUCCUUCUUUUACUAUUCCCUCUUCUCAUACAGAAUGGCUGUGUCACUUUGUUUUAUCCCGGCUUUUCCCUGGCCCCGCUCUUUUCUGGUUUCCAUUUGUCUAGAAUGCUGGUGUGAGGGUUUCUUUCCUUCGUUUGUAUUCCUUGAGAUCUUGGCAUUAAUCGAGCUACCUCUUCUGUGUCUUUUCCUCAAUGUGAGACUUGAAGCCUGCCUGCCUGCCCCGUGAUGGACGGAUAAAUAAAGGAAGGGACUGGAAUAGCGAAUUGGAGUCAUCGAGGGUCACUCGUUGUCUAUUGCACUAACCAGUUUUCGAUGUGGUUGUCAUGCCUCGAUCUCUCCCUUCGUUCCCUGAUUUCACGAUCCCCCAGCGUGCACCUGUCGGAGGACAGAUGCACAAAAGCUUUAGGCUCAUGAGGGUAUGGUUUUUCGGUCACCCAAAGGUGACCUAGCCAGCGGGGUUUGUGGCUCCGAGGGGUCAAUCGAACUUUUCCUCAAGUGGCGGUACAAUCGCCCUACCCAGCUCGGGUGUGAGGUCC